GAAAGCAGCAGAGCCCAGUCCCGCCAAGGCUGAGCCUCCCAGAAGCUGCCCAGACCGGGAUGUCCAGCAGAUUCUUGCUCCAUCUCCUGGGGUUCUGGCUGCUGCUGAGCCAGCCUUGCCGGGCGCGCGUCUCGGAGGAGUGGAUGGACCAAGUCAUUCAGGUGUGCGGCCGGAGAUAUGCCCGUGCGGUGUUCGAAAUCUGCGGGACCUGUGGGAGAUUGGCUUUGAGUCCGGGGGAGUCAGCUCUGCAACAUCGGCCAACCACAGAAACUGUGCCAUCCCUCAUCAACAAAGGUGAGCCUCUAGGGAUGUUUAAGUGCCUUCCAAAUUUGUCACAGGAGCCCAAGGCACUGUCUGAGGGGGAGCCAUCCUUACCAGAGCCACAACAAUAUGCACCUGCCUUGAGCAAUUCAGUUGGUAGCUUGGAAGGCUUUAAGAAAAGUUUCCAUAAUCCACAAGGUGAAGCAGAAGACAGCAGUCCUCCAGAACUUAAAUACUUACGCUUGGAUACUCCUUCACGGAAAAAGAGGCAGUCCGGUUUAUGGCUGAGUGAGCGAUGCUGCCACAUUGGUUGUCCCAGAAGAUCUAUUGCCCAGCUCUGCUAAAAUGGAGCUAAUUGUGCACAACUCGUCCAGUGUUCGAGUGUAUUCUUGCCACCUGCUUGACGCCUCUUUCUGUUCCCUUUGAUUAUUUAUAAGAACCUGUGAAAUCGUUAUUUACAUUUGGACUUGCUGUUUGAUGUGAAAUAAAUGUUCUUUGCAUUAUUGUAA